GAGGACGUGGACAAUGAUGAUGGCAGCUGCUACUACAAAACCCAUGACAACUUCCUGGUCUACGGGGGCCAGGCAAUGAAGAACGAUUUUGGUGGACAUGACAACCACCAUUAUGACAAUGUGGAUGCAUAUGUGGAUCACGCCUUGGGCGUUUGUGAGACCAUUGCGGGCCACGAAGACUACUUCUUUGGAAAUUUCGUUGUCAUGACCUCGGACAGCGUGGGCACAUGCCUGGGCAACCGCAUGCAUGACAAUCGCUACUUUACGCCCUCCGGGAAGUUGGAUGCUGGCUGUGGUGGCUUUGGUGGGACGGUCAACAAAACGCCAAGCGAUGAUGCCAUUCUUGAAGAGGCCAGAAAGAAGCUUGGGAUGACGAGGUCGGUCGAGGUCGUGAUCUGA